AUGAUGUGGAAAUAUCAACAAAUACGGUAUCAAGGUUACUCUCAGGAUUUAGGUACAGCUAUAAAAAAAAUAUCAUUACGUUCAGUUAGAGAAAAUAACGAAUCAAAUAUAGAGAUUCGCAAAGAAUACGCGAAUUGGUUUGUAGAUGUAGCAUAUAUGAAAGAAAAAUUUAUAUUUAUCGAUGAGAGUGGGUUUUCAAUAUCAAUGAGGCGAUUAUAUAGAUAUUCCCAAAUAAAUAAAAAGGCAAUUAAAAAUGUUCAAGGAAUAAAGACAAUAAAUUACACUAUCAUUGCGGCUCUCACAAUUGCAGGAAUAUUUCGAUUCGAAGUUCUUGAUGGCCCUUGCAAUGCUAUAUAUUUUAGCCUAUUUAUAAAUGAAAUAUUAAAUCAUUUUGAAGAAUCUAACAUGAUUAAUAUGAUUUUUGUGAUGGAUAAUGUUCCAUUUCAUCACAAUCAUUCAAUUAGGGAAUCGAUCGAAAGAAAAGGACGUACAUUGAAAUAUUUACCACCCUACAGUCCGUAUUUUAAUCCUAUUGAGAAUGUUUUUUUUCAAUGGAAGGAUUUUGUCAGAAAUAAAAAUCCUAGUAACGAGGAAGAAUUAAUUCGUUAUAUAGAACAUGGAGAAUGA